CGAAAAUGACGCUUAGCUUCAGAAUAGUGGAGUGUAGUUCGAUGCAGCAGCUGAACAAAGAACGAUCUAAUGUUCAUACUACAUUUUCUACGCUUCUGUUUGAUGGAUAAGUCGCUAUAAUGUUGAGAUGAACUAGAUGACUUAAAAGAAGGCAGAGUCACCACACCAGGUCGGAGAUGUUUCCCUGGAAAAGAUUUUCAAAACCUGGAACCCAAACAAGCUCCAAGAUGCGUCAGACUGAUGGUGAUAUAAGCAAAUGGAUGAAGGUCAGUGUGACAGUUUGUGUUUGUCAAAAAAAAUCUAUACAUAUUCACAGAAUGACAGAUCUGCUCAUUUUUCACUUUUCGCAGAAGGUCGAGAUGGCAUCGGAGUUCGCUGUAUCUGAGGUGUUUUCAUCUCAGAAACCUCAUGCUGGUAAACCGAAGCGUACUGUAGCCCUGGAAAGCACGGUCCAGCUGCAGGACCAUGAUGAUGCAUACAGCGAGGCUCAGAUUAUUCUUGAUGAUUGGAUGAAGAAAAAGCUGCGCCAAGAGCUUGAAAUGGAUGAGGAAGAGGAAGAGCAGAAGACUGAAGAGGAACCUGAAAGGCUAAACUACAGAAACUUUCACGAUGUAUAUUCCCAGCUUGAGCCUCUAGAUGAGAGCUUUGAGGUGCACCACUUCCUCCAGGACUUGAUGGGAACAGACCUGAUGGAUUGUGAGACGGUACAGAGCCUCUGUCAGGACACAGACAUGGAAAAGAAAAGAGGACUUGACCCGACAGCCACCAUGGAGAUACGCCACAAGCAGGUAAAGGAGCGACGUUCGCAGAGGGACGCGGCACGGAAACAGCAGCAGAGGGAGCAGGAGGCUCGGAGGGAGGCGCUGGAGAAGGCUAAGCAACUAGAGAGCAAGGAGCAGAGGAGGAGGAAACAGGAAGCUCGGAGACAGGAGGAACUUUUGCAGCAGGAAGUGGUGCGUCUGCGCAGAGAGAUGCAGGAGAAGAGGAGCAUGGAGCAGAAGGCACGAAAGAGAGGAAAAGAGACGAAAGAGAAACAGAUCACCGUCAAGAAAGCCGUUACACCAGAACCUGACGUUGUCACUCAGAGACAGCGGUACAGAGAGCAAGAAGUAGAGGCCAAAGUCCGCAUUCUCAACCUGCAGUGUAUGCAGAAGCACUUCUCCAUUUGGUACUCAGUGGUGUUGGAGAAAAGAGUGCAGGUUGUUAAAGCAGCAGCUUUUUGUGAUUGGAAAAGGCAGCUGAGGGCGUGGCGGGUGUGGACGGUGCUGUUGUGGGUGAGGAGAAGAAACAGAGAAACUGAGAGGAUGGAGGAAGAGCUGAGGCUGGAGAACAGACGCUGUCAGCUAGCACAGCAGAGCAAUCGAAGGCGGCUCCUGAGGCGCUGCCUGAAUGAUUGGAGAUUGUGGUGCCGAUUAGAGAAAGAUCGAAAGAAGCUAAUUAGCCAGCGGGAAGAAACCAGGCGGAAAAUGGAGGCCCUGAUCGAUGCAGCCGCUUCAGGGAAACUAACAAAACACAACUGCACUGAACCACCAAUAACAGUCCAGCCAGAGAACGUGAACCAAUCAGAAACCACCGCUCAGCUGGCCCAGGCACCGGUACAAAGACCCACCUCAGCUCCAUCUCUACCCACUCUGACUGACAGGACGACAGCCCCACCCAUUCAGGCCUGGCAAAUGACUCGUCAUCACACUGUACUCUCUUUAGCUGAGGUUCAGGUAGGGCGGAGAUUGAAGGGCGCCCCCCACUGUCAGAGUGUCGAGAUGCCCGGAGGGCGGUUUGAGCAUCGACACGCGGCUCAGCAGAAAACCAUCGCAGAGCAGAAUCGCCUUCUUAAAGAACAGCAGGAUAUCAUCUCUGAGCUGCAAGAGAGACAGAAACUUCUGGAACUCAAACAGGAAGCAGAAAAAGUAGAACAGCUCACCGUCCAGCUCAAACCCUCAGCAUCUCAGAGUGUUAUCAAGACGAGCCACAGAUCAAAAGGAGCCUCGAAUGAAAGCGGCACCGGUCGUCCGGCCCCCAAAGAACACGACAGUCGUCUGGCCAGCCGUCAUCCUGCAGUACGAGCCAUGGAACAGCGAGCUCAGCAGCGUGCGGAGCGCAGGAGGGAGGUGGUGGAGAUGAUGAAAAGGCGGAAGGAGGAGAAGCUGGCACAGAUUAAGGCGGAGGAGGAGGAGAGUCUGAGGAAGGAAGAGGAGGAGAAGCGUGAAGCGGUAGAAAAGAGGAAGGAGGAGAAGAGACUGAAGAAGGAGAUGGAGAUUGAGAAGCAGAUGAGAAAAGCGCUGGAGCAAAAGUUGUUCCAGAAGGCAAGAGAUCACUACAAACGAUCCCUGCUGCUAUACAGAGGAAUGACACCGUGGAGGCGGCUGGUGGAGCAGAGCCAUGCCAAUGCACAGAAAGCAGAGGCGCAUCACGCACAGGUUCUACAGAGACGCUGCCUUCUGUUUUGGCUCCAUACAACAAGCGAGGCCCUGGCGGAGAAAAGAAGACGGGCAGAUCAGCUAUAUGAGGGCAUUCUGGUCUGCAGAGCUCUAUACGGCUGGAAAAUGUUUAUGUAUCUACAGUCUGAACUAGAGGUACGAGCCGAGCAUUUCUACACGAUUCGGACUCAGAGGAAAGCGUUUAAGGUUCUGAUGGAUCACGCAAUCCAACAGAAACUGGAUGGCUGGGACAGAGAGACAAAGGCUGACGAGCACAGUGCCAGGCGAGUGCUGAGGAGAUGCUUCUCUGCGUGGCGGCGUCUCCCGGAGAUACUGCAGGAGGAAAGACGGCGAGAGGAGCGGAGAGAUCGACUCCGAAACAAAGUGGCAGAGAUCCUCCCGGACUUCCGAGGCUCACCGCUGAACGCCAUGUGGAGCCUUGGGUCACACAACUAACAAGAAAUCAUCGCAAUCUCAACCUUUAUUGGAAUUCAAGGAGAGAAAAAAAACAGUCUUUUUGGAAAUGUUUAAUUUUUUUUCUUUUGUGAGUCACAAUCAAUCUGAGCAGCUUAUCACUGAUGCAUCAUGGUUCACAGAUCAGAACAAACACUGCUUGGUAAAAACAGACGGAACCCGUUUUGUACUUUGAGCUUGUAUUGUUAUUUAUUUAUUUUUCACUAGUGUGUUUUUAACAAGGCUUUAAAAUGAGACGGAUCUUCACGUAUUCGUUCUGACCUGAUUUCUUAAACACUGCAAGUCCACUGCUUGUUUAACACAGAUAUUAAACACUUGUGUCCAUAUGAGCAAUAUAAAAACACAAGACACGCACAUAACAUCUGUCGGUCGUCGUUUCACAUUCACUGUGAUGCCGUCGGAGUUUUACAGCCGACUAGGGCUGCGUUGUAGGCUGUCUUUUUUUUUCUUUUCUUCCCAUGUCCCAGCAAGGCACUAAAUCAAGCUAGAUCAUGACACGAUGUCUAGACAACACUACUUUACAGUCUGUCCAGCGACGACAGAUACACAGCAGCUCUGAAUGUUAUGGUCUUAUGGUGUAUUUUAUAUGGCUUUGGACACACAGAUAUUGGGUCUGGUGAACGGUUUGAUAUCCAGACCCCUUUACUGUUGAGGUGCACUGAUAAGACAUUUUGGUUAUAGCCAGAUGAAAUAUAAUAUAUUGCUGCCACCUGGUGGACAAAAAUAAAAAUAAAACCUUUCUGUUCUCCUAA